CUUCAUCUUCCUCGAAGAGCACAACUAGUACUUUCAUCGCUGAAACCCCUGCCUCACAAAUCCCUCAUACCACCACUUUGUCCACCGCCAUGGCCAACUAUCCAGUUGAUCCUACGCCGCACCUCCCGCCUAGCACCACCGUUGUGGCGCCUGGUCCUCAUCGUCCUCAACGCGGCUACGUGGUUCUCGGCACCUCCGCUCCUUUCAUCUGCGAUGAAUGGGCCAUUGCUACCCUCACUCCGGCUGGUGAGAACGAAGAUUAUGGAGAUGCUUUGGAGGUCAUCCGCAACUUCCUGGCAGAUCGACAUCUCCUGGGCCGCACUUCAUUGAUGAUAUGGUUUUAAGAUUCGUACCAUAAAAUAGGGGUAUCAACCAUAGAGAGGCUGUGUUUACUCAUGAUGUUUGGAUUAUGCUCAUGAACUAUCCAUUAGAGUGCUGGGAUAUUGAGGCAGUCUCUGAUGCAUUUGUGCCAUAUGGUCGUUUCCUGGUUUGGAAUAAAGAGAUAUCAAACAGAGCUAGAAUUAUUGUGAAGAUUAGAGUUUAUGAUGUCCAGGCUUUACCUCUUAGUCUUGUCAUUCUCAACAACACCAAUGAUAUUGGCAAUGGUGAUUCAUGGACAUGUCCUCUUUUCGUGCUGUCUUAUAACAUAUUGGGUACCCUCCCGGCUGAUGAGGACCCCCUGCCACCAAAUGGUGAAACUCCACAUCCUAUGCCUGUCCACUUCCAUGAUGUUUGGUCUGAACCUGGUCAUGUUCAACCUCAGCCCCCUUUUGUUGCACAAGUCUUUGCUGUCGAGGAUGAUAUAAUCCAUAUGAAUGUUCAGGAUGGUGAUGAUGAAGCUUUUGAACCUGUUCAUACUGUUAAUCUGCAACACAACAACCCCCAUGAUGUAGCUGUUCAACAACUGGAUGAUGAGCCUCCUCUUGAACUACAACCUGGUGCUAUUCCUGUGGAACCAGUUGUUGCCUUGCAGAAUAUGGAGGCUGAAAUUAUGAGUAAUGCCAAUGACAUCCUUCCUAAGCUACUUGGUGCUGAUAUCCUUGGGGCAAACUGCAAAGUUGUUGAUGAACAGAGUGGUACUAAAAAGAAAUGUUUUUUCAGAUCCAAACAGCUGCUGAAUAUCAGCCCCCUCCCUGCAGUGUGGUGAUUACUGAACUUUCUAAAUCUGUUGAGAAUGUUCCUGGCACCUGUACCUAAGAGACAGAAGGGUGCCAGGGUUGUUACUGAAGUCAGAAGAAGCAAGCGGAUUGCUGGUCUUACAGCAGGUUACAAAAGUCCUAAUCAUGCCAAGGCUGCCUCUGCUCAUUCCCCUGCUGCUAUGAACAAGAUCAAGAAGAAUCUAUCUAACAACUUCAAAGCUAUUGUCAUCCAGCCUGAUGCUGCUCCCCCACCAGCUCUUCCCAUUGAUACCAUCCAGGCCCUAGGUGUGGAGGUUUGCCAGAUGCCACCAGAGGCGGUGUCCAAGGAAGCCCUGCUCUAUGACAGUUCUGAUGAGUACUAAACAGAAGACAGUACUGGGCAAUACUAUAAACUGCCUAGUUAUCAUUUGUUUUAGUGUGUGUUUGUGGCUUAUUUUUGUGUCA